CGGCAUGCCAGCUGCGCUAGCAUUUCGUAACGGCAGACAGGUAAAGGUGCUCGAGUCGCUUCAAGAUUCUGACGAUGGCGGUGGCUCCUCGAGCAAUGCGAGCGCUGAGCUCCUUGUUGCUCGAGAAAACGAAUCGCGCGCAGACGCUAUCUGGGUGGCGCAGUGGCAGACCUUGGUGCCCAAACAGUCCGAGGUAGUACUGCAUGGUGUCGAGCUUCCACACAAGAAGCUCAUCAAUGUAUUGCAAUCAGCUACAGCCUACAGGAUUCUGUGUCUUUUGGUUUUGCCUAAGUAAGACAUUUAUUUUCAUUUUCGCGGAGCCGAAGGGGAAGGUCGGGAAGUGUUAGUGUUUACUUAAGAUAAGUGAUUCUGAUUGUAUCGUCAACGGUCCACAGUAUAAUCUGUAGUACUUUUCCAAUCUUGCUAGCUUAGGCACCGCUAAAAAGCGACAGGUGGAUAUUCUGUCUUCGCUUAUCAUUACCUUAACUCUAAAUCAAAUUUUAGGUUCUUGCCUCCGGGAAGACAAGAAUCAGUUUGUGGCGACUUCGACGGUACUGGUGGCCACCAGUUCAUGAAUGUGCAGCCUCGGCUGGCAUUUGUCCGCUGUUACAACGAAGAGCCUGACAGCUGCGUCUUGCAUUUUUCGAGCAGCGAACAGCCUCCUGCCGUUGCUGCUCUCCGCGAACGCUUUGACCACUCCACUGGGACGAUCCGCGCCGCCUUUGCUGGUCAAUGCGAGGUGAGCAUCCGUGUAUCCGACAACGAGCGUGCGACGAAGCUAGUUCCAUUCGAGACGGUCCUCAAGAAAAAGGCGACCCUUGUUGACGUUGCCAGUGGCCCAACAGGACGAGGACAGCCUUUUCGAGCUACAUUCGUCGACGUUUAUCGUUCUAGUGGGCACGGGCGCCGUCGCUUCAUCGUGAAGCGCGAGGCGAGAGAAACAGUCGAGUAUGUCGAUUCUUCAUUAGUUCGUGUUCAUGUGGACCGCGGACUUGUCGCAGCUGCAUAAGCUGGCGAUGAAUGACGUCGGUUGACGUUGAUCGUCCUGAGAAAUAUUUAUAGUUGACGGACUGCAGGCAAAUAAAAUUCUUACGCUAAGUCACAUAAAUCCAAAUGCAGUUGCAGAUGGCAUUAUCAAAAAAUAACUUUGAUGUUUAAACGCAGGCUUACUCGGUGGAUCUGCUCCACCCCUGAAUCUCAGUACUCAUCCCAAGGCCUUGUUGAAGAAUUCACCAUACAGAAACAGUAGAUCUGGGGGCAACAUUACAAUUAUUUCAAUUCUAAGUAUCUGUUCUUCACAUUGAUUUUUAACAUUGAGUGACUCAAUCAUACAUCCAGUACUUAUCUAUCAAUCUAUGCUUAUGUUUAUGAUGCAAAAGAAAAAGCGACGUCACUGUUCUCUCAUCGAAGCAAAAAGUACCUAGUCCCUACCUAAAUGCGCUACAUAAAAGAAGAUCUGAGUAGUUCUUAAACUAAAAAAGAGUUUUUUUGCUUCGAUGUCGAUCCCUGCGGAAAACCAUCAUCGCGUGAUACCUUUCCACAAAGAAAAAUGUUAGUAAGUAACGUAAUUUUGAUUUUCAUCAGGUCGUCCUGUAGAAUUCUCAACGCGUCUGACCUCGCGGUAGGCGCGGACUGGUUCUUCAAAAUGAAGCAAUCAACAUCGUUACACAGGCCGUUGCGGACUAAGAAGUAUCCGUAGUAAUCAGUACAGCAGGUGCUUUUGGAGUUCGAUCCCAGCAUACCACGAAACUCAAACGACUCCUGAUUUUAAUCCUGAUCCUGAAUGAAAGCAGCUAUAAUACAUAAAUAUUUUUAAGUACUUACUAACAAGAUUGAAGAAUCGCGAUCGACCGACACGACAAAAUCGAAUCAACCGAAUAAAAGAUUUUGGUCGUAGAUCUAGAUGAUAAGAGACAAACGUCACCUACUCUUCAACAAAAAUCCGAGUUGUGACAAAGAUAAGAGCACAGUCUCAGUUGUGAGCAACUUUCUCAAAACAUAAUCC